AUGGAUGCAGCGGCUGGCUCUAAGGCGGCCUCGUUGGCCUCGGCCAAGGUGGUCAAGAAUGCGAAAGGCAAUAUCGUGCCGAGCAGUCAGAUGGCCCAUAUUGUUUAUGGCUGUGAACACAUGGGCGAGAUGUUCGAGAAUGCGCGCAAGCAGACCCUCCAGCACUACCGAUCGAUCCUCCAGCUCAUACACGACAAACCGAGCAUAAUAGCCCAGACAUUCGUCGAGUCGAACGGCCAGCCUGUCGUUUCCCUCCGUCCGCUCUACCUCUGUCUUCAAUGUCCCAACAUCAUGACCGAUGAACAACGAGACCAGCACUUCGACACUAAGAGCCACUGCUUCUCAGUGGAGUCGCGAGACGGCAACGUAUACUGUGGGAAUUGUCAGGACUUCAUCUACGACCCGGAGCUGGAGAUGAGGAGGUUGCUCAAAGGCAAGAAACGGAAGUACGAAGACACCCUGACCGUCGACGACGACAAGCUCAUUGUCACGAACUCUACAUUCCUCCCGUGCCGAGCGACUGGCCUGCGCGGGCUUUAUAACAUGGGGCAAACAUGCUUCAUGAGCGUCAUAUUACAGACCAUCGUACACAAUCCCUUCAUACGGAAUUUCUUCCUCUCAGAAGGACACAAGACGGCAGAUUGCGAGAGGGAGUCGUGCGUGAGCUGUGCGCUGGACGAGAUGAUUGUUGAGUUCCAUUCGGCCGAGAAGACCGAAGGGUACGGCGCGGUUAGCAUGCUCAUGGGCAGUUGGCUAGCUGGCGAGGCGCUCGCUGGCUACCAGCAACAGGAUGCUCACGAGUACAUGCAAUUCUUCCUGAACACCCUCCACCUGACGAACGGCGGUUCAGCAGACUCUGAAGACUGCAAGUGUGUGGUUCAUCAGACGUUCUAUGGCAAGCUCUCAAGUACCGUCACUUGCGACAAGUGCCACAACACAACAACCGCCCUUGAUCCAUACAUGGAUCUUAGCUUGGAUAUAAGGCAUCAGGGCAAGAAGCGCAAGAUCAAUGCUGAAAAGGGCGAGGAUGCAGCUCUGGAUCUGCGAGAUUGUCUCGAGAGAUUCACGGCGAAAGAGAAGCUGGAGUCAGCUCAGUAUACAUGCAGAAAUUGCGAUAGUCCACAAAACGCUAUCAAGCAGCUGAGCAUCAAGCGACUGCCUCCUGUGCUGUCGAUACAUCUCAAGCGAUUUGAGCACUCGAAAGCGCAAUCCUCCAAGAUCGAAACCAAAGUCAACUUCCCCAUGAAGUUAGAUCUCUACCCCUAUACGACCCUGCAGAAAGAGCAAGCCAGAGCCGCCAAAGCCUCAGGUUCGCCGAACACGAAUUACAACAUGAACACGCCAGCCAACAGCCUCACAUACGUCCUCUCGUCAGUCAUUGUGCACAAGGGCAAGAUCGACUCCGGUCACUAUGUCAGCUAUUCAAGAGAAGGCAAUGAUUGGUUUGCGUUUGAUGACAGCAAGGUCGUCCUUGCCAAUGAGGCUGAGGUGCUCAACGCUGAGGCGUAUAUUGUGACUUAUAUGAUCAGCUCACUGGAUGUAUAA